ACACCGCAGAGCCUUCCACCAUGAAUGCAAUGCGUGGACCACCUCACCAGCUUGGCCCUGAGCAGCAGCGUGUACAAGAGCACCUCGCCCUACGGCUCCCUCAACAACAUCGCCGACGGCCUCAGCUCCCUCACCGAGCACUUCUCCGACCUGACCCUGACCUCUGAGACCCGGAAGCCCAGCAAGAGGCCCCCGCCCAACUACCUGUGCCACCUGUGUUUCAACAAAGGACACUACAUCAAGGACUGCCCCCAGGCACGCCCCAAAGGCGAGGGUCUGACCCCAUACCAGGGCAAAAAGCGCUGCUUCGGCGAGUACAAGUGUCCCAAGUGCAAGAGAAAAUGGAUGAGCGGGAACUCCUGGGCCAACAUGGGGCAGGAGUGCAUCAAGUGCCACAUCAACGUGUACCCGCACAAGCAGAGGCCCCUGGAGAAGCCCGAUGGCCUGGACGUGUCCGACCAGAGCAAGGAGCACCCCCAGCACCUGUGCGAGAAGUGCAAGGUGCUGGGCUACUACUGCCGCCGAGUGCAAUGACCGGCCCGCGCGCCACCUCCGCCAGCCAGAGAAGACCCGCCGUGUUCGUCCAUGUUGCUGCGUGUCCCCAUGUGUGUGGGGGUGUCCUCACAGGCAUGCGGGUCUGGGCAGGGGGUCUUAGGUUCUUGUCUCAUGUGUGUUGACAGACAGUGUUACUGACAUAGCUGCCCCACGGAAGGCGGGGUCUCUGGGACUCUCCAGGUGGGCUGAGUCUGUGGGGGGACUGGGGGCGAGCAGGGGUGGAUGCACAGGACCCACAAAGCCCUCGGGGUCCCCUGCAGGCUCUCCUCCUCUGAGACCCCUUUGGUGAGCAGCCUUGCAUUGGCCAUAAGUGCACUAAAUUUACUGUGAAUCCCAAAGCCUGUGGGGGUUGUCUCCCCAAGACCAGCCGGCGCCUUCUCCUCCCCAGGGCCUUCCAGGCUGCCCCAUGCGCACAGCACCCUCACAGAACCCCGUUUCUGUGUCCCGUUCAGGUCAGCAGUCAUGGCGAGCUGAGGCCUGGUCUAGCGGCUGCUGGGAGUGAGCCUCUCUGCCCCUUGUCCACUUUGAGCCCCGAACCUGACUGCCUCUGACGUCACUGGUAUUACACUCGGGUUCUGCACCCGCCUCCCCAAAGACCCAGAGGUCAGGGACGGGGCAGCAGUGAAUGUUGGACAGAGUCCCAAGGUGUGGCCUGGGGCACACCAGGCAUCACCUCCCCUACCACACACUUUCCCCACGUGCUUGGAUUUGUCAGCCCAUCCCUUCCCUUCUUCACCUCCCACCCUCGGCCCAUCCCCGAUGGAGGUUGGAGGGCCCUGUGGCAGCCGCUGUGGCAGGAAGGGCAUGGGCCUGGCAGUCUGGAGACCUUUGUUCAAGUGCUGACCCUGCCGCUGACAAAGUAUGGAACCUGGGGAGGACUUCUCGUCUCCGGGCCUCAGUUUCCCCAUUAGGUCAGUGAGUGACACUAGUAAGUGGGGGUGGGGGGCACCUCCUGGGCACAGGACUGAAUUUGGAGAGUGUCUCCAGGUCCCACACUCACACCAUCCCCCAUCAGUCCAUCACUGCAGUCAAGCCAAGGGUGCCAGCCCCAUCCCUGCCUGUCGUCCCCAUCCCUGCCUGUGGUCCCCACCCCUGCCUGUGGUCCCCACCUCUGCAAAAGUGAAGGAGAAGGGUCCCCCUCCACCUCGCACGGGGCAGCCCCAAGCCACGCUGCAGAACCCCUCCCCCGGGGGAGCAGGGAGACACUGUCCGGCAGCGGGAGGACCACCCUCUUCAGGGAGGAGCCUGUUUCUAUUGUCCUGCGUCCUUCCUUUCUCCCAGGGACAGGGAGAAAGCUGGUUGGCAGGACCGAGUCACUUGAUUUUGCCCCAACAUGAUGCCUCUGUGGGAAAAAGUCAGACCACGAAAUGGGCCUGAAAUCCAGUGUUUACCGCGGCUCAGGGACACCCAGCCGGGGUCCAGUGCCUUUGUUUUCAAAUGAAAAUGUUUGUACAGCUGAGGAGUUACAGUCAAGUUAACCAGGAGUCCAGGGAGCAAGUGGAGAAGAUGGAGUGAGUGUGUUUGAAGCCAGGGGGGCUGCAGAGGAGAUUUCAGGGGGUCGCGGCCUCUGAGCACUUAAAAGGGGGGUAUUUGCUCCAACCUGAGCCCCAAAGCUGCCUCCCUCCUACCCACAGCAGCCAUGCCUGGCCGCUGGCUGUGGCCACCCUCCCACCCACUGGGAAUGCCACGGUGGAGUCCCUGCCCAGCUGUUUCCAGCUGUCUCCACCGGGCCAAGGUGAGCGGAGUCGCCCUGGCUGGAGGCACUGUGCCCGAGGAGAAGCUGUCACUGCCAGUCAUCCCAGUGCGCAGCCACAGGUAAUGCUCCCAGUGGUGGGCAGUGUGCUUGUCCGCUGCCAGCAUCCGGCCCCAACUCUCCCAGGGACCUGGCCCCACAGUGGAACCUGCCAAGUCUGCUGCAGAGGUGGGGGAGCCCACACCCUAAAAGAGCCGGGACUCCAGGCCGCCGGAGGCCAGGGCCUUCCACGGGCCACAGGAGAUGGGCUAUCACCCAAAGUGACCUUCCCCGUGGGCUUGUCCAGCUGGCAGCCAUUGCCCCUGCCAUCUGUGCCCAGCUGGCCACGGGGGGCUGGGCCCUCUGCACCCCCCUCCUGUAUUGUUCUGGCAGAACUUGGUCAGCAAAAGCUUCUGAUGCCCAGGCUGGCUGCUGUGGGAAUGAAGUGCUCAGAGGCCUGGGAGCCCAGGGAACGAGCAAGUGUGUGGUUUAGUACGUUCAAAAGGGACAAUCGCUUGCAGUUAGUAGGUCUAGAGAUGUAGCUGGGAGAGAACAGUGUUUACCCCAUUUGAAGUAUUCAGUAGUUCUACUUGUGAAUUUGUAUUUAUUUUGAGUUAUACUUGACACAGAAUUCCUUUUUUAAAAGAAAAAAUACUAUUUGUGUAUUUUGAAAAAAAAUCAUAGAUGUUAAAAUUUCUGCAUAGUUUCCAAUUUUUCUCACAACACUGAAUUUGUUACCUUCUCCUGAAAAAUCCUCACAGUGAUUUUUGUCUGUAUAUAUUUGAAGGCCUUUUUAAAAAAAAAAAAA